AUGCUGUCCACCGGGGGCAAGUACGCCGUGAAGAAGAGAAAAAAGCCGGUGCGGAAGAGUCCUAAGCCACCGCCUCCAGAGGGAGCCAAGUCCAACCCUUCUAAAAGGCACCGGGACCGGCUGAAUCAAGAGCUGAGCAAACUCACCAACCUGCUGCCCUUCCCGGAGGACGUGCGGGCCAGGCUCGACAAGCUGUCCAUCCUCAGGCUGAUCGUGGGCUACCUGAAGGUGAAGGGCUACUUCGCAGCCACCUUAAAGGACAGCAAUGCAGGCUGCUCAGCUGACCCACCUAUGCACCCAGGAAGAAGUGAACAUACCUUUCCACGGGUCAAUGUAGAUCUGUUUUCUGAAGGAGACUUGCUUCUUCAGGCCCUGAAUGGCUUCCUCAUGGCGGUUACGGAGGAUGGCUACGUUUUCUAUGUUUCUCCCACAGUCCAGGACUACCUGGGAUUUCAUCAAUCAGACGUCAUCUAUCAAAGUGUGUUCGAGCUGAUCCACAAAGAGGACAGAGCCAUGUUCCAGAGCCAGUUACACUGGACUGCAGACACAGCACCUGUCACCAGAGAGGCAGAGCAGGCCACCAGCCCUCUGCCUGGGAAGAGGUCCCUCCCACUUUGUGACACCACCACUGACAGCCUGGAACAUCUGCCCUUGGAGUACCCCUCUUAUCUGGAGAGAAGCUUUGUCUGCCGGUUCCGCUGCCUGCUGGAUAACUCUUCUGGGUUUCUGGAGUUGAAUUUCCAGGGCCAUCUUAAAUUCAUCCCUGGGCAGAACAAUAAGUCAGAAGAUGGCAUCCUCCUGUCUCCUCAGCUCACCCUGUUUGCCAUUGCGACACCCUGUCAGCCUCUCACCAUCCUGGAGCUCCAAAACAAAACAUUUCUUUUCCAAACAAAACACAAACUGGAUUUCACACCUGUAGCUUGUGAUUCCAGAGGGAAGGUGAUUCUGGGCUACACGGAGAGCGAGCUCUGCAGGAGGGGAUCGGGCUACCAGUUCAUCCACGCGGCAGACACGAUGUACUGUGCUGAGAACCACGUGCGCAUGAUGAGGACGGGCGAGAGCGGCCUCACGGUGUUCCGGCUGCUCACCAAGCGCGCCGGCUGGCUCUGGGUGCAGUCCAACGCGCGCCUGCUCUUCCGCGGCGGCCGGCCGGACGGCAUCGUUGCAUCCAAAUGUAGGAAUCUGAGGAACUCGGAAGGGGAAGAGCACCUGCGCAAGCGGGCCCUGCAGCUGCCGUUCACCUUCACCACAGGGGAGGCCAUCCUUUACGAGAGCAGCGUCCCAAGCGCACUGACUGCCCUCCCAGACAGGAAGAGGACCAGGGCACGGAAGGGCCCUCCGACCGGCCAGGACCCUGUGUGCCCAGGCUCUCUCCCGGGAGACAUGAUGCAGCAAGAUGAAUCCAAGUGCUUGGCCUAUGUUGCCCCCACCCCCCAAGGCUCACCCUUGGAGGGGCGGGCAUCUGAUGAUGGUCAUGAGGACAAGGAAGAGGGGGAGGAGGAAAGCAGCUCGCUCCUGGCCCUCAUCGAGACCCUGCUGGAGGACAGAGAAGAACAGCCUGACCUCUGCUCCACCCUCCAGCACCUGGGGGUCACCGAUCUCGACCAGCGUCUGUGUGAAGAGAAGCUUCUUGGGACUGAUUUGGGCCUUGCAGGGCCUCAGAACUGCCACCUGCUGCCACCCAGCCAGGGAGGGGGCACUUUUCAUGACAGUGGGAAUGUGGGCUUGCCCUCACCAGGCAGCACAACUUCUGCACAGACCCUGAAGCCACGGUCUUCUCGGGGCUUGGGCCAGCUAGCCAUGGAAGUAACUCCACUACAGAACGUGGGCACGGCGCCCAACUACCUUCAAGCACAUCCUCGGCACUUUCUCACCACUGGUCCUACCACCCCUGGCCCCACACUCCAGAGCCCUCCACAGUGGUGGACUUGGCACAGCCAGGCAGAGCCUUUGGAUUUCAGGGUCAGCGAGCCCCAGCAAGCUAGGGUGGCCUGCAGGCAGCCAGCCUUCCAGUGCCAGAGGAGCUCUGUUCCUGACUUGAGCUUCGUGGCAGGACCCCGCCAGCCUGGGAUCCCCGCAGCCCUCCCUUCCCCCGACAGGCGCAGGCCCCAGCCCAAGGGUGUGGGCUACCAUGUGUGUCCUACCCGCCACCGGCAAGGCCGCUCCCACGUUGUUCGAUUCCUGCAACAGCCCUUUGAAACACACGGAAAAUAUGAGUCCCCUCACUGUGACAAAACCGAGGGCAGCCAGGUGUGGGCCUCAACCUUCGCCAUGAACAAGGUGACAGCAACUCGCCACACAUCCAGUGCUGUGGAGAUGAUAGUGGUUGUGGAUGUUCUCAGUAUUUCACUGAAUCCACCUGGAUAA